AUGGUCGCAGAUUUGCCGCAUCCUCUAAACCCGUUGACUCCAAAGGAGAUAUCUCGAACCGCCCACCAUGUUCGAGCCGCGUUUCCGGAUCAAGAAGCAUAUUUUCGGGUCAUUACCCUGCUAGAGCCUCCGAAGGCGGAGAUGGUCCAGUUUCUGGACGUCGAGAGCAGUAACGGCAUUCUGGAAUCAAGGCCGGCGCGGGUGGCUCUGGUUCAGGUCUUUCUGGGCCCUAGAGACAGCGAACACUUCUUUCAGCUCGACGUUGACGUUGUGUCCGGCAAGGUCAUCAAACGAGAACAGCUAAGCGGCUGCCAUCCGCAUGUCGACGCAAAUGACAUGCAGAAGAUUGAGCAAGCAUGCCUGAAUGACCCUGACGUGCGGUCUGCCAUCGAGGAGAUGCAAUUGCCCGAAGGAGCUGUCAUCAAAAUUGAGCCAUGGACUUAUGCUACCGACGGUACCAACGAUAUGAGCCAGAAAAUCACCAUGUGCUACUUCUACAUGCAACUUUCCCCCCAUCCGGACGCCAAUCAUUAUGCUUAUCCGCUUGACCUCUGCGUUGAAAUGUCUGGUGAUGCCCGAGUCCUCAAGAUAUAUUACUUACCGCACGGGACGUCGAAUGACAUAAGUAACUCCGCAAGGGUCUACGACCGAAGGAACCUUCACGGCUCCAGCACCGAGUACCAUCCUGACUUGGUGCCGGAGCAUCGUUCAACAACCAAGCCAUAUCACGUCGUCCAGCCAGAAGGUCCGUCAUUUACCACCGAGGAGAACCUCAUUCGGUGGGAGAAAUGGACUCUGCGGGUUGGCUUCAACUACCGAGAAGGCCUGACUCUCCACGAUGUCAGAUAUGACGGUCGAAGCGUUUUCUAUCGGCUGUCCCUUUCGGAAAUGUUCGUGCCUUAUGGAGACCCGCGGAUGCCGUAUGUGCGCAAAGCUGCCUUUGACCUGGGUAAUGAUGGUGCCGGUAUCAAUGCCAACAACCUACAAUUAGGGUGCGAUUGUCUCGGUCAAAUCAAGUAUUUCGACGGUUGGCAUACCACCAGUUCCGGAGAACCACUGCAAAUACCCAACGCCGUAUGUUGCCAUGAGAUUGAUGACGGUAUACUCUGGAAGCAUACAAACUUCCGCACAGGGAACGCGGUGGUCACCCGCUCCCGUGUGCUAGUCCUGCAAACGAUCAUUACGGUGAGCAACUAUGAAUACAUCUUCGCCUUCUAUUUCGGCCAGGACGCCUCUCUCCAGUACGAGGUGCGAGCGACCGGUAUAGUCUCAACUGUUCCGAUCAGUAUUGGGGACAAGGUUCCUUUCGGCACGGUUGUCGCACCAGGUGUGCUUGCACCGUACCAUCAACAUCUGUUCUCGCUGCGAAUCGACCCGGCGGUCGCAGGCUAUAAGAACUCGCUUGUCAUUGAAGAAUCGCAUCCUAUGCCAAUCAAGGAUCCCAAAGUUCAUAACCCGUUUGGCGUGGGCUAUACGACGGAAUCGCAGUUCGUCGAGGAGGAAUCGGGCCACGACCUCGACCAUAUGGUGAAUCGGGUUUUCAAGAUCGUCAACGAGAAUGUCAUUAGUCCGGUCACGGGCGGCCCGGUUGGAUACAAACUUUCGCCGUUCUACAGCCAGCUCCUCUUGGCUCAUCCGUCCUCCUACCACGCAAGGAGGUCCGAAUUUGCCGCUCACGCCGUUUGGGUCACACGCUAUCACGACGAUGAACUGUUUGCUGCCGGUCGGCAUACCAUGCAAUCCCUCGGUGGGCAGGGUAUUGCAUCUUGGAUAAAGAAGCGACAAGAGGACAAGGAAGCGAGCAGCGUGAGAGACCAAGACAUCGUCAUCUGGCAUACGUUCGGCUCUACACAUAAUCCUCGAGUCGAAGAUUGGCCGGUCAUGCCGUGUGAGAAAAUGCAGGUUGGCCUCAAGCCCGUCAAUUUCUUCACGGCCAAUCCGGCAACUGAUGUAGUUGUGUCGACUCAGGCUAGAAAUCAGAGUGUCCUAGUCAACGAAGUCCAGACAGGUUAG